AUGCUUUCUAACUAUUACGAUCAACAUCACCCUACUUGGUGCCUGGAGGCAGUUCCCAGAGAACAGAAGAAAUGGCUAUCCUUCCUGACUCUACGCUUUGCUGCAGCUAUCAGUCAAAUGACAGUUGUGAUCUGCUUUGCUUGGGCUUAUAGCGAGCACGAAAAGCCCGUGGCCUAUAUCGAUGGCUUGGGAAGUGCCUGGUCAAGCAUUAAUCUAGGAACUGCUGCUUACGCGUUCCUCUGGUCCACCGUCUUCCUCAUUGUCGUCCUUAUCUUCAACUGCAGGGUUCAUCCUGGCGCAAGCAUUACAUUCGAUUGCUUGGCUUUCCUUGCCCAAAUCAUCACCAUUAGCUUCUAUAUCAAUGAGUUUGCCGAGUAUCAACAUGGUGGCUACUCGGAGAAUACUGAAGAAGCAAAAAGAUUGUACGGAGUGGAAUGCUUGGGAAUUGCAAUGAUGUUUUUGGGGCUGAUAUUUAAUCUAGUCCUCAUGGUCCGAGCCUCUAUGGCUUGCCAUGUCGAGCGGAAGGCCGGAAAGCAGGUCACCCAGCCCAAGAUCGAGGAUGCCUAG